CUCUGCAACAAACGGACGCCAUUGUUUUUUCCGCUUAUUCUACUUAGAAUCUAGCAGUACGAUUCAAUGAUGAGCAACAAGCCUAAAAGCCACAAGGGCCUGGGGGAAGGACAGUGGAUGGCAAGGCUGAGGGCAUUUGCCAGCUCAGGGGUUUGGCCUUCUGGAGGCAACAGACCAGCCCCUAGGCAGCGGAAGUGGUAUGCCCUCUAUCAGAAGAUUGAGAAUUGCCCCAUGCAGGUCCGUGGACAGUCCACUCUGUUUGGAGGGUCAGUGGCCUGUAACUGUGGCUUUCACGGUGCUAAGGAUGCACCUGGAGGAGUUCAGCUGGCCACUGCGGGGGCUGCAGCUUCGGUGUGGUUGCCAGCAGAGAUGUAUAAAAACAUCCCUGUCCAAGACCAGAGGUGGAUUUCAAACGCCAUCUUCCACUCUGGCAAACUGCGGCAAGACCUGAAGCUGUGGUACGAGCCCCCUGCCCCAGCCCUCAUCUACCACCAGACACCGACACCAGACCGCUUCUUAAACCACAGGCUGAUGGUGUGGAUGCCCUACCACCUGUGGAAGGUGAGGGUAACCUGCCCUGAGUGUGGGAAGCAGCUGACGGGGUACGGUGUCCACAAGAGGGCUCGGAAGGUCCUGGACAUCGACAGGUAUUACCUGAUGGUGACAGAGACACUCGGGUGCACUGUGUGUUCUGUGAACUACCUGUCCACCUCCGAGACUGUCCGGAAUCAGCUGGACCUGCCGCACCAGAAAAUGUUCCGGAUGAUCCUGACCCGCCAGUACGCCUGUGACAUCCGUGUCAUUCGCCUGCUGCGUGACCGGACUCUCGGGAACAGUCCAGCACGUCUGGUGAAGCAGCUGAAGGAGAACCAUGGGGAGGAAUGGCUGAACAGGUUGGCACACUAUCUUGGGGAGUGUGCUGAGUUUGUUGGCCGGCCAAGCCUCUUCCCAGUGGUGUGCCAGGAUCCCCCAGAGCCCAUUGAUGUGCCCACCAGUCGCUGGCUGCUGACGGUCUAUGGCAGGGACAUCCUCUCUCGCCUGGACCAUAUUAAAGCCAGCAUCACAUCAACGUUUGGCUCCAUCUUAAAGAUGGACUCAACCAAACAGAUCACAAAGAAGCUGGCUGGCCAUGCCAAGGGGACUGGUCUCUGGGUCACCUCCAUUGGGAACGAGGUUGGCCAGAUCGUGACCAGUGUGGUGACAGUGCAGGAGGGGCCAGGACUGGACAGGAUGGUGGCAGGAGUGAUGGAGCGGUACCGCCUUGCAGCUGUCGCACCCCCACUGCUGCUGUAUGUGGACUGUAACUGCUGCAUCAGUGAGGGGUCCACCACGCUGCAGAACAGGUUUGGGGAGUGGCCAGACCUCCAAAUACGGCUGGACAUCUGGCACUUCAUGCGGAGGCUGGCUGUUGGGUGUACCACCGACGCCCAUCCCCUCUACCCCACCUUCAUGAGCUGCCUCUCUGCCUGCAUUUUUGAGUGGGAUGCAGGGGACCUCUCUCUGUUGCAUCAGGCAAAGAGAGAGCAGCUCAGGCAGGAAGGUGUGCCAGCCAUUACUGAUGCUGCGGUGGAUGCCAGGAUCAGUAAGAGGGAGCUGAGCCAGUACUGCCGCAGGAGGACGCGCGGCGUGGAGGCCACCAUCAGCCUCAUUGGGCGGCUGCUGCAGCAACUGGGCGGGACCAAUGGGAAUGACCUGAUGGGGGUGCCACUGCUGGACCAGGUGCGCACGGAGCACAUCUGGCGUGUGCAGCAACGCCACGUCAGCUGCAUCCAGGACCUGCCUGGUGUGCAGCUCUACACCGAGACCGGCACCAUCAGGAAGGGAGGUGUGGUCCUCACCAGCUACCGCUGUGCCAGGGGGUCCACAUCCCUGGAGUCCUUCCACUGCCACCUGAACAGGUUCAUUCCAGGAACCAGUGCAAAUGCGCUGAAUUUUCAGCUCUACCUCCUGGAAGGCCUGAACAGGUGGAACCAGGACCGGGGGGCGGCGGCGGUGACCAGCAGGCCAUCGUCUCUGCUCACCUACUCCGGGGAUGUGACCCAGAGCGUCAACACCAACAACAUAAAGGUGUUUGGCCGGGCAUAUGUGCCAAACUUCAGGCCACCCUCCAAAUACACCGGAGAGCUGCUUGGUGUUGACUACCUCCUAAGUCAGACUGGGCAGCCCCUGAAGGUCAACCCUGACGCAGAGGAGACGGAGGACAUGCUGGAGGAUGUGGAGGGGGGUGAGGAAGUGGACGAGGGCAUUGAGGAAGACCAUAUACCUGACCUCAUGGUGCCAGGUCUCCUUGAUAACCCAACACAGCCUAUCUUCUCUCUGGCUGCUCCCUCCUCCGUGGCUGCUGCCUCCUCCCAGCCUGCUGCCUCCUCCCAGCCUGCUCCCUCCUCCCAGCCUGCUCCCUCCUCCCUGGCUGCUCCCAUCCAGCCUGCUGCCUCCUCCCUGGCUGCUCCCUCCUCCGUGGCUGCUGUCUCCUCCCUGGCUGCUCCCUCCUCCCAGCCUGCUGUGAGCCACACCACCCUGGUCCAGUGGAACAGCAAGAGGGUGCAGAGGCAGGAGACUGCGGUGGUCAUGCAGGGGCUGGACCUGCCCAGUCGACUGUCUGUGGCGGCUGACCCUCUCCCCACAGCCAAAACGCGGGCCGUGUCUGCACCCCCCCAAUCUGGCCCGGCUCACCAGUACCACCUGCCCAGCAGCACCCUCUUCCCUGCUCCAGCUCCAGCUCCAAGUUCAUCUCCGAAGCUGAUGCUGCUGGGACCAGUAGGUGCUCAGGUGCCUGUCCUGAUGGCUGCCCCACAGGCCCUGAGCUACAGCCUCAUGCCUCCUCCUCCUCCUCCUCCUCCUCCUGCUCCUCCAGUCCGCAAACUGACCCGCAGGGUACUACACAACACCUGUAAGCAGUGUAAGGAGUUUAGGACGGCAGAGACUGGACACAGCCAACUAUUGUUCCCCAGCUUUGGCGCCAGGCCGAGUCCCGGCCGCCUUGCUACCAGCUGCGGUCCUGCCCAUUCCAUCCCUUCCUGCCCAGUUGGCGGCCGGCUGACUCCAGCCUCGCCUGUCCAGUCGGGGGUCCCACUCACAGCUGUUCCGCCGGGGGUCCAGCAGACAUCAUGUCCUGCUCUGUUGGGGGUCCCGCCGUCACCUGAUCCGCCGGGAGUCCCGCCAGCACCUGAUCCGGUGGGGGUCCCGCCAACACAUGCGCCUACUCCGUUGGGGGUCCCGCCAACAGGUGCUCCUGUUCCGUCGGGGGUCCCGCCGACCCAUGUCCCUGUCCUGUCGGGGGUCCCGCCGACCCAUGUCCCUGUCCCGUCGGUGGUCCCGCCGACUCAAGCUCAUGUCCCGUCGGUGACCCGCUGA